UCUCUGACAAAAAGAAACAGCGAAAGGGAGAGAGGGCGUAUGAAAGAGAGCCGAUGAGAAUGGUACAAACCCGAACAGCUUUGUGUGUCACACUCGAAUACAUCGCUUCCACAGCUAUGACCUACGCGCGGAUCGUCGCUCUCAAGACAAGCGCAACAUCGGAGAGAGCAAUUACGCAUGGUUCUGAUAGAGAAUGAAUGAGAAGCUGUAUCCAACAAUUCCAAAACGCCCGGUUGAUCUCAUUUUGCUACCAUUUAGAGCAUCAACUGGAUUACCAUAAGGGAGCGACGAGAACGGAGCACAGUAGCAACAACGUCUUUACAAUUGAGGAAUAAGAGAUUUUGCUCCAAUAAUUGAAUCAUUUACUUUUCAUCAAAACACAAAUAUUUGUAUGUAUUUAGAGGUGUAUUUCCAAGGACACAUACAUUAAAGCGCGGUUAGCCGUCUUUAGGUCCACUUGGAUUUGAGCAUAUUGACACUUUAUCAGUUAUCCUGAUGGAAACUGCUUCAAAAGCUCGUCGGCUAUCCAAUGUGUCCACGGCAUCUAACGUGUCCAAUGUGUCCACGUCCAGCGCAGGGACUGAGGUAGGACAGAGCGAUGUGCAGAUUUGGGGGGACAGACCUUUACCUGUCGACUACCUUGGUGACAUCUCGAUCCUGGAUGACGGGAGAUGGUCUAACUCUAGCGUGAAGAAACAUCACCACAAGCACAACCUGAAGCACCGCUACGAACUGCUGGAGACACUGGGGAAAGGGACAUACGGCAAAGUGAAGAAAGCCAUCGAGAGACAAUCCGGCAAAGUGGUGGCCAUUAAGUCCAUCAGGAAGGAGAAGAUCAAGGAUGAUCAGGACAUGGUUCACAUCCGCAGAGAGAUCGAGAUCAUGUCCUCCCUCAAACACCCUCACAUCAUCUCCAUCUACGAAGUGUUUGAAAACAAGGACAAGAUAGUGAUCGUGAUGGAAUACGCCAGUAAGGGAGAGCUGUAUGAUUACAUCAGCGAGCGACGGCGGCUGAGCGAGAGAGAGACACGACACUUCUUCAGGCAGAUUGUUUCCGCCGUGCACCACUGUCACAAGAACGGAGUGGUGCACAGGGAUUUAAAACUGGAAAACGUGCUGCUGGAUGAAAACUGUAAUAUCAAGAUUGCUGACUUUGGUCUGUCCAACCUUUACCACAAAGACGAGCUCCUUCAGACGUUCUGUGGCAGCCCUCUGUACGCCUCACCAGAGAUCGUCAACGGCAGGCCCUACCAUGGUCCAGAGGUAGACAGUUGGGCCCUGGGAGUGCUUCUCUACACCCUGGUCUAUGGGACCAUGCCCUUUGAUGGGGAAGACCACAAUAAACUCAUCCGCCAGAUCACCAACGGAGAGUACAGGGAACCUACACAGUCCUCAGAUGCUCGUGGUCUGAUCCGAUGGAUGUUGAUGGUUAACCCGGAGCGUCGAGCCACGGUGGAAGACAUCGCCAACCACUGGUGGGUCAAUUGGGGCUGGAAGACCACUGUGUGUGACUGUGACGUCCAGAAGGAUAACAGUGGCUGCAUCUCUUCUCCAACGCUAGCACGCUUUAUCGACUGGCAGAACCGCACCACAGAGUCACCCAGGGUGGCGCUGGUCAAGCCUCCCCGCUCGGAACACCCCGCCGUACCCCCCCACGCUGGCCGCCAGCGCCUGAGGAAGUCCAGGAAGGAGAAUGAUAGCGGGGCGCUCCACCAUCACACCGCGUGGGAAGACAAAGACAAACCAGGACUGAAGAGACCCAAAGGGAUCCUGAAGAUGCAUGUGUCUGAUCAGAGGUCCCACAGCCUGGGGGAGAUCGAGCUGAGUCGCUCCCUGCACUUCCACGAGGGAAGGGAGCUGCUCUCCAGCCCCGAGAGGGAUGAGGAGGAGGACGAUGAUCAGGAUCGCCUGGGGGUCUCGCCGGCCAAGAUGGUGCCCAUCCUCCCCAAGAAGGGCAUCCUGAAGAACAACCAGCAGCGGGAGUCUGGCUACUACUCCUCCCCGGAGCGCAGUGAGUCCUCUGAACUGCUAGGGGGCAGCACCUCCAUGACCCCACCCGCCAGCUCACCAACAAAGAGGUCCAUGGGGAGAAAGGGCAUAUUGAAGCGUAAUGGGAAGUACGGCAACUCCACUUCCUUCCACAGUGGCUUGUCCAAUAUGAGCUUCCACGGAGAGACUCCGGGGGACUCGGGCCUCUCUCGCAGCCAGAGUAAACCCUCCAGUAUUGUCUGUGAGGAGAUGGGUCUCUCCAGUGUUCCCCCCUUAAUGGGAAUGGAUUGGUCUCCCUCGUCCCCGCAGCCACACGUCAGGGCCUGUAUGUCGGCUGAGGAUCUACUCCAGCUGGCAGGCUUCAGACGGGGCCUCCAGACGGCUGCAGGGGGGCUCCAUGGGGGGAAGGUGGGGACCCGAGGGACACCAGGGUCCCCUGGUGAUGACGGCAGCUUCUCUCUGCUAGGGGACAUGGAUGAUAUGACCCAGGUCUACCAACACACCCUAGACAUCAGCAGCAAUCUGACCUAGAGGAGGUGGAGUUGGGAGUUUGGAAGGGAAGGGACAUGGGAAGGACAGACACACACUUGAACCUUCAUUUCUGGGUUAGGACUGGCCAGGUGUGUUGUGAACUGGGCAUCCCAGCCACCUUAAUGUACUGAAUCUACCCUCUCAGAGACAGUGCUGUUGUAAAUCUUUAUAUGGUCAAUAGAGCUAAAUAAAUAUUGUGUUUUAUGUCACUCAGAGUCACAAACCAUGCUGUGGUGAAGCUCAAUGUAAUGGACAGUUAGGACUACUGUUCAUGUUAUCUCAAUGUAAUAGACAGUUAGGACUACUGUUCAUGUUAUCUCAAUGUAAUAGACAGUCAGGACUACUGUUCAUGUUAUCUCAAUGUAAU